AGAUCACAGCAAUGUGUACUAGGCAUGGCUGCUGAAUGGGUUGGGAAUUGUGUUGAACCAAUAUAUAUAGUUUUAACAAAAUGCUUGGAGCUUUUAAAAUUAGAAACAAGCCUGCCAGGAUAGAGCUAAAGUAAUAAAACCAGUAAUGAAAAUUAACGACAAGAAUAUUGUAUUAUUAUACAUUUUUGCCCUGCGCAAUAAGAAAAUUAUAUGCGCCUGGCAAACGUAUCAUAGAGAUAAAAUCUCGACAUGUGUAGGCACUUAUGUAACAUACUCACUAUAUGAUACAAGAUUUAAAGAAUCGACUUCAACAUUAGCUACGUAGUAAGAAUAUAAAAAAUAAUGAAUAUAGAUGAUGUGACACAAUUUAUGCGCGUAAGACAGAAAAGCAUUGUAGUGUGCCUAGUUAGUGACUGUUUUAAUCUUAUAACAGCAAUAUUAUUAAGGUGGCUCUCGUUCUCCGGAGACGAUUGGCUUACGGUGAUCACUAUGAAGAGUGCAUUGCUUUUGCUCUGGUUGUACGUUUUUCAUUGCGAAGGCGCUGUGAUAGUGGAAAGCAAUGAGUACUCGGUCGUAAAUGACAGACCUAUAAUCGGUGUACUUUCUCAAGAACAAUCGUUUUACCUCCAUGGAAAGUUCCCUGAAGAGAACUACACAAGCUACAUUGCUUCUUCGUAUGUCAAAGACAUUGAGGCAUCGGGAGCUCGUGUUGUGCCCAUUCUGAUCGGUAAAGACCGUUCGUAUUAUAAGGAGCUGAUGAAGAAAAUUAAUGGAGUAUUGAUUCCCGGGGGAGCAACGUUCUUCAACCAAUCCAAUGGAUACGCUGACGCCGGUCAACACAUUUACGAGCUUGCUAUAGAAAUGAACGACGCCGGAGACUAUUUCCCGAUCUUCGGAACCUGUCUUGGUUUUGAGCUCCUCGUUAUCUUGGCCUCAGGGCGGGGAAAGAAAGAAAAUAGAAUCACUUGUCACUCUUUUGGAAAUCUGCCACUUGAUUUUACUUCAGAUUUUCGUUCGAGCAAAAUGUUUCGUGAAGUACCGGAAGACGUUGCCGACAUUUUGGCGAACCAGGACGUGACCAUUAACGCUCAUCAGUUCUGCAUCGUGGAUGAGAAUCUGAAAGCAUACAAUCUGACCGAUGACUGGCGUGUUACUUCACACUCGAAUGACGAAUACGGCGUUCAGUUCAUUGCUACAAUUGAACAUACGAGAUAUCCGUUCUACGGAGUUCAGUUUCAUCCCGAGAAGAACGCGUUCGAAUGGAAACGCUCGAAGAACUAUGCUCACUCUUUAGAUUCAAUUAAAGCCAAUAGGUACUUCAUGAAUUUCUUCGUCAAAGAAUGCAGGAAGAGCUCUCACACGUUUGUCAAUCAGGCUGAAGAGAAUCGAUACGUUAUCUACAAUUACGAGCCCAAGUUCACGGGAGUGCUCGGUAGCGCUUUCCACCAGUGCUACUUCUUUGAGCCCAGAGGAAUUGUUACAAAAUAAAUAAAUCCAAGUUUGAGAUAAUAAAGAUUGAGAGAGAGAAUAAAGAUUGAAAGCAACCAUAA